AUGACCUUUGAAGACAGUAAAUGGGAGAAAACGCGAGACACGUACGGGCAUGGCGGCACAGGCAAGCAUUGGGGACCGGGGAUGGCUUGCAUCCGGCCUCUCCCCGUCUUCGUUUCUACGCUCGCAUUGGCGCUUCUCUACUUCAGCCUCGCCUUGUCGGGCCUCAAUGGAGUCGUGCGGAUCCCAAUCCCGACCGCCGAUAGGAGCAAAGUGCAGGAAAUCGGCCUGAGCAACAGUUCUGUGAAGGUCCUCUUAAUCGCCUAUGGACGAUCAGGUUCCUCUCUUGCAGGGGAAUUCCUAUCUCUAGCGCCGGGCGCAAGGUACUACUUCGAACCCCUGUUUUUCGCGAAGGACGCCAUGAAGCUGGACUUGCGCCAAGAGUUCAGCCUGAUGUCCAUCUACCUUUUAGACAGCCUGUUCAACUGUAGUAUGCACGCCGUGAACAUACUCCUCCCCGAGUCAUCGCGAAACUCUUUUUGGAAGAAUAAGUACUACAAGCACCCGCCCUGCGACGGCUCCGACAGACCUCAGGUGGCUAAGGUGAUCCGUUUCCUGCUCGACCACGACGCUUUGGCUUGGCUCCGAUCCAGAGAUGACAUCAAGCUAGACGUUUUCGUUCAAGUCUGGAAUUCACCCAAACUUGGUCGCUCUGGGAAUCAACGUGACAUCGAUGACUAUUCCAAUCGCCACGACAGAGAUUGCAUUUGCGAGACCGCUUUGUUGCAAAGAAUGUCCUCAGAGAAUCCGAAAGUGACGAGGAUUCGAAAGUCACGAAGCAUCCCCGACCUCCUGUUUCAGGUGGUGCACUGGGUCCGAGACCCUCGCGGGAUGCUCAACUCCAUGCGCUCCGCGCCGCUGAUCGACGACUUCCAGAGGGAUCCGUGGCAGCUGUGCGAUCAGAUUGGGCACGACAUACUCGCCAUCGACAGUCUCCCCCCCAAUCGAUGGCGGAGAGUGAGCUACGAGGACUUGAUGUCGAAUCCAACUGAGGUCACGCGAGAUCUCUAUCGGUUCCUGGGGAUUCCCUGGCCAUCAGACGGAGACAGACGGAUCUCGGUCCACUUUGCAGCAGAACCAAAGAUGAAGCCCUUGUACAAGUAUUAUUCCACGUACAGGAACGCAUCCGGGUUCGACCCAUACCAUUGGAAAAGGGAAAUGGGAUCGAAGGAGAAGACCAUAAUUGAACGGGCUUGCGGGGAUGUGAUGGAUGCGCUAGGGUACCAGAGAGAAGUGGUGACUGGGCCCCUUCGUGUAGAAGAGAUCGAGAAGGAAUUCAUGCUGGUCGCAAAGAAACUCCAUGCAAAACUCUCGCAUUUUGGGCCGCUGUCAGCCGGUGCAGUCAGAAGGUGGAGGGGGCUGAAAGAGAAGAGAGGGAGGAAGAUCCGGAUGCGGAAAAUGAAGAGAUAUCGCUCCGACCUCGUCAAAAGAAACAUCAUUCAUGGGGUUGACCUAGGGAAGAUUAAAUAA